AUGAAAUCUUUCUUCGUUUCAGCCGCUCUGGUUGCAGCAGCAGAUGCACUCGUUGCUCGCGAUUCUUCAUGCUGCUUCCAUCUGACUGCUUCUGGGGGUCCUGGUGGAGUCGUAGGCCAGCUCUCCGAUGGUCAAAACCGUAUUGGACAAGGUCUGCCUGGUGCCCAGUACUGUAUCGAUGCCAAUGGUGGUCUUACCGAUGGCAAUGGUCGUGGCUGUAUAUUGACUCCUCCGACCACGCAAUUCCAGUGCGACGCAGGUGCUAGCCCUACAGACGGCUUCUCUGUCUCUUGUGACGGCACCCUCGCUUACAAAGGCAACACUGAAUUCAAGUCUUGCCCCACCGGAGACAACGGCGGUUACAACAUCUACACCACUGCUCCCGCUGGUCAAGGUGGUUGUGUCUCAAUUACUCUGAGUGCUGACAAUUGCAAGUCGGGUUGCCCUGCUCCCGCUCCCAAGAGCUGCCCUGCCGCUCUUUCUGGCGACUAUCAAUUCCCUCAUCUCAUCGUUCCGGUAGACUCAAAACAGCCCGACAAGGCCUUUGGUACUCAGUACAACGGCACAGUUUCAAGCUCUGUCUCUAGCUUGUUCAACUUUGACAUUCCCAGCUCUGACAAUGGAAAGACUUGUUCUUUGGUCUUCCUGUUCCCCAAGAAGGAGAACUUGGAAACUUCCUCGUUUGAGUUCAUGGGUGCUGGUGGCAUCGACUUCGCAAUGCUGAAGGGACCUGCCAGCUCCAGCACUACAUACAACAACAAGCCAGGUGUCGCCACUGACUACGGUGUGACCAAGGUUGCCCCCGGAAACUCUUACACCAUCGCCACCUUCGCCUGCCCUGCCAACUCUGCCAUCGGCUUCAGUCUGUCUGCCUCAGACGACACUUUCUUGGCUUACUUCCAAGAUUUUAAUCCCUCACCUAUUGGUCUCUACAUCACCGUGUGCUAG